AUGGUGAUGAAUACACGAGCUGGUCAUGCGAGGGAUGUUGAGCCCGAGCCUGUUGUUAUGGCCGGCACUCGAGGUAGAGGUCGAGGACGGGCUAGAGGUCGUGGCCGGGCCAGAGGUCGCGGUGCUGCACCAGCCAGGGACAGGGCUCCUGCAGCUGGACAGAGACGGGCGCCCUCGCUAUCUCCUGAGCGUGAGCCCGAGGUUGAGGAGCAAGAUAGGGGAGGUUCGGGGCCAGCCCAGACCCACCCCGAGUAUAUGUCAGACCCAGCGGUUCAGGAUACGUUGGCCCGUAUUCUUCUUCAUUUGGAGGGCCAGCGGACUGCUGGGGGUGCUGGUACUGGAGGUUCUCACACUCAGGCUGGUCGGCACACUCCGGAGCAGGGACAAACUCAUGGGAUGCAGCCUGCCGCUGCUAUGGCCCCGCGUAUGGAUGGAUUUCGUGCCCCCGAGGGCAUUCCUAGGCCAGUUGCUUUACAGACAUUGACUCAUCGUGAUCAGGAGCUCAUUUGGAGGUUCCUGAAGAUGGAGCCGCCCAGGUUUCACGGCGCUCGGGAUGAGGAUGCAUACGAGUUUAUUGUAGAUAUGCAUGAACGUCUAUACCAGAUGGGUAUUGUGGAGACCCAUGGAGUUGACUACACUACUUUCCAGCUUCGCGACGGUGCGAAGACUUGGUGGAGGUAUUAUGUGGAGAGUAGGCCAGUUGGUUCGCCUCCUCUCACUUGGGCUCAGUUUCAUCAGGUUUUUCUUGACAAGUAUGUACCUCGCCCCUUAAGAGAGCAGCGUAAGGAGGAGUUUACUCGCCUCCAGCAGAGGGGGAUGUCUGUAGCCGAGUAUGAGGCUAGGUUUCUGUUUUUAGCGAGGUAUGCUACCCAUAUGAUUCCGACGGAUGAGGAGAGGGUCCGUAGAUUUGUGAAUGGACUCUCUCCUGAUAUUCAUGUUCACUGUCUUCAGCAUGUGACUCCUGAGGCUUCUUGGCAGAAGGUUGUUGAUCAUGCCAUUAGUAUUGAGGCUGCCCAGGUCCGAGCUCAGGGAGGAUCGAGUGAGAAGAAAGCUCGUUAUCAGGGUCAGUAUAGUGGCUCUUCUAGUUACCGUGGUGGUGGUCAUUCUUUGAGGUCCUAUCAUUCGGUCCCCAAUCGUCCGGUGCAGUCAUCUUUGCAGACUUCUUCUAGUGGUCAUCCCAGGCAGGGUGGAUACGGGGCUGGCCAGUCUCAGGGAGGUUCAUUUUCUAGGUCAGCUGCCCGUGAGAGCCCUUCCGGAUCUUCAGCCUCCAUUCAUCAGUCUUCCGAGCCUAGGGUUUGCUGGGGUUGUGGCGAUUCGGGGCACAUUUCUAGAUUUUGCCCUCGUGCUAGACAGAGUGGGGCUCAGCAGGGUUCCAGGUUUCAGGCUCCGAGGACUCCGGCGUCUACUGGUACCCGGGGUGGUUCCUCAGGGAGGGGCGGCGCUCAGUCAGGUCGCGGUGGUUUUCAGUCAUCGAGAGGAGGACACCAGUCCGGGAGAGGUGGUACUCAUGGCUCCAGAGGUGGGGCACAGUCUGUUCAGAGCGGUCGGGGUGGCGCACAAUGUUAUGCUUUUCCGGGUAGACCAGAAGCAGAGGCUUCAGAUGCUGUGAUCUCAGGUACUAUUUCUGUUCGUCGUCGGCCGGCUUCGGUUUUAUUUGAUCCAGGGUCUACUUAUUCAUAUGUGUCUACUUAUCACUCUGUGGGUUGGGAUUUGACUUGUGAGUAUCUUGACCUGCCUAUAUAUGUGUCUACUCCGGUUGGAGAUUCUGUGAUGGUUGAUAGAGUCUAUCGAAAUUGUCUAGUUACUUUCAUGGGGUAUGACACCUGGGUAGAUUUGAUGAUCCUGGACAUGUUAGACUUUGACAUUAUAUUAGGAAUGACUUGGUUAUCUCCAUAUCACGCCAUCUUGGACUGUCAUGCCAAGACUGUUACGUUGGCCAUGCCCGGGAUUCCUAGAUUAGAGUGGAGGGGUACUCCUAGCCCUGCCCCGAGAAAGAUUAUUUCCUACCUUCGUGCGAAGAAGCUAGUGGAUAAGGGUUGCUUAGCUUACUUAGCGCAUGUUUGUGAUACUAGUGCAGAUUCCCCAUCUCUUGAGUCCGUGCCAGUGGUUUGUGAGUUUGCGGAGGUGUUUCCUGCCGAUUUGCCAGGUAUGCCGCCUGAUCGUGAUAUCGAUUUUUGUAUAGAUGUGGAGCCUGUUAGCAACAAGUACCCUAUUCCUCGCAUCGAUGAUCUAUUUGACCAGGUUCAGGGUGCUUCUGUGUUUUCAAAGAUUGACUUGAGAUCGGGCUACCAUCAGUUGAAGAUUCGGGCCGAAGAUAUUCCUAAGACAGCCUUUAGAACUCGUUAUGGUCACUACGAGUUCCUUGUGAUGUCUUUCGGGCUUACGAAUGCCCCGGCAGCUUUUAUGACUUUGAUGAAUGGCAUUUUUAAGCCAUACUUAGACUCCUUCGUUAUUGUCUUCAUUGAUGACAUUCUGGUGUACUCAAAGAGCCGGGCACCUAUGACAAGAUUGACUCAGAAGGAUGUUCCCUUCCAGUGGUCUGAUGGUUGCGAUGAGAGCUUUCAAAAGCUCAAAGAUUUGCUGACUGCAGCUCCGAUUUUGGCACUGCCCGUAGAGGGCAAGGACUACUCUGUUUAUUGUGAUGCAUCCCGUAUUGGUUUGGGUGCUGUGUUGAUGCAGGAGGGUAAGGUCAUUGCCUAUGCCUCGAGACAGUUGAAGGUUCAUGAGAGAAACUACCCUACGCAUGAUUUAGAGUUGUUGGCACAUGUGUUUACUCAGAGAGAUCUAAAUUCUAGGCAGCGUAGAUGGAUGGAGCUCCUAAAGGAUUAUGAUAUUACCAUACUUUACCAUCCGGGUAAGGCGAAUGUGGUGGCAGAUGCCUUGAGUCGCAAGGCGGUGAGUAUGGGUAGCUUGGCGAGACUUGCGGUGUCUGAGCGUCCCUUAGCCAUGGAAGUUCAGACUCUGGCUAACCGUCUUGUCCGAUUGGAUCUUUCACAUUCGGGUCGGGUAUUUGCUUGUCUUGAGGCGAGGUCUUCUCUCUUGGAGGAGAUUAGGACUAGACAGUUUGAGGACCCUCAGUUAUGUAAGAUUCGUGAUAAGGUGUUACGAGGUGAGGCCAAGGAGGCUGUGCUUGAUAGUGAAGGAGUUAAGUAUGAGCACCAGAGACCUGGUGGCGUGCUUCAGAGGAUGCCCAUUCCCGAGUGGAAGUGGGAGAGGAUAGCCAUGGACUUUGUUGUGGGUCUUCCUAAGACCUUAGGCAAGUUUGACUCCGUAUGUGUUAUUGUGGAUAGGCUGACUAAGUCGGCGCAUUUCAUCCCGGUUCAGAUUACUUAUAAUGCGGAGAGGUUGGCCAAGAUCUAUAUUCGUGAGAUAGUGCGGUUGCACGGGGUUCCCAUUUCCAUUAUCUCUGAUCGAGGCACUCAGUUUACUUCCCAUUUCUGGAAAACAUUACAGGCAGAAUUGGGUACUCAGUUGGAUCUUAGUACCGCAUUUCACCCCCAGACUGACGGGCAGUCCGAAAGGACUAUCCAGGUGCUCGAGGACAUGUUGAGAGCUUGUGUUAUCGAUUUUGGUGGUCAUUGGGACCAAUUUUUGCCUUUGGCUGAGUUCGCAUACAACAACAGUUACCAUUCCAGUAUCGACAUGGCUCCGUUUGAGGCUUUGUAUGGGAGAAGGUGUCGUUCUCCUAUCGGGUGGUUUGAUGCUUUUGAGGUUCGACCAUGGGGUACAGAUUUGUUGAGAGAAUCAUUGGAUAAAGUGAAGCUUAUUCAGGAAAAGCUUUUGGCAGCCCAGAGUAGACAAAAGAUGUAUGCGGACCGAAAGGUCCGAGAUAUGGUGUUCAUGGUGGGGGAGCAGGUCUUGUUGAAGGUUUCACCCAUGAAGGGUGUCAUGAGAUUUGGGAAGAGGGGUAAGUUGAGUCCCAGGUAUAUCGGCCCGUUUGAGAUCCUUCGUCGUAUUGGCGAGGUUGCAUAUGAGUUGGCCUUGCCACCAGGCCUGUCAGGUGUCCAUCCAGUUUUUCAUGUUUCUAUGUUGAAGAAGUACCAUUCAGACGGGUCUUAUAUUAUUCACUGGGAUUCGGUGUUGCUAGAUGAGAAUCUAUCAUAUGAGGAAGAACCUAUAGCAAUAUUAGAUAGGCAGGUUAGAAAGUUGCGGGCCAAAGAAAUAGCCUCCGUGAAAGUUCAAUGGAAGGAUCGUCCGGUGGAGGAAGCUACUUGGGAGACUGAGGCAGAUAUGCGGAGUAGAUACCCUCAGUUAUUUGGCGGUUCAGUGCAGAGUACGAGAUCGGUACCACUUCUGCACCUCGACAUUGAUCCCGAGGCUAUCUGCGGAGUUUGCUAGGGUGAGCUUAUUGGACGAGUCCGCCACCCCUGGGACUCCUUCUUUACUACUUGUCUUACUUUGAUUCUUAGACAGUAUUUCUAGUUUUGAGACUCAUGUAUU